CGUAGCCGGUUCCCCAUCUCCUCCUUCUCUCAAACACAUCUAACCACAUCAGAAAGGACAGAGGUCAGGGGGUGGAGUGCUGUUAUUAUGUUGGAACUUUUUUUCAGACCAGCCUUGUUUCUUGCAUAUUCUACAUUCUGCCUGAGACUCGGACUGCAGCUUAAAGGUCUUGUUCCAAUGCUGGACUAGCAUGUGCAAAAUCUACCACGGGGACGUCAGGAAUUUCAAUCUUUGCUUCUAAAGCAGCCUGGUAGCCAAAGUGGGGUGUGAGCAGGAUUCUACACAUUCUUUGAAACACUGCACCGGCAAUUUUGCGAGUCUUCCAUCCUUUUAAACCGACCUGACUCUAUCUCUAGCAUGCCAUCUCGGGGGUGUAAGCUCCAUCGUCUGUCUAGGUGAAAGUCUUCAGCAAAAAAUGGUGAUAAUCCAUAAACAGAUGUUGUUUAAGGUAGGAGAAUUCUUCUGUGCCAGAGCUGACAAUGGUGAUGCCUGAAAAAAAGUGAACAAGUGCAGCUCCCCAGAUUGUGACAAGGCACAGGAUUAUGUUGGCUGCAACAAUCACAGCAGCACUGAUCUAUUUCAUGGUGCAAAGCUCUGGAGCCAUGGCCCUUGGGACAACAUGCUGGGAUGAACGGCUGUCACGAGUUGGGAAAAACAAUAGCUGCAUGGCUCCACAGCCCUUCCUGAUAUUCAGCCAUGGUAAAGCCAUUCAUCGCAUGGACCUUGAUGGGAGGAACCAGAGAAGGCUUGUGGGCGGCGUGGGCAGUUCUAUCCUGCUUGACUUUCAUUUCCAAGAGGAGAGAAUUUACUGGGCUGACAAACACACUGGCAUCAUCUACAAAGCAGCAGUGAGAGGAGCACACAGACAGAAACUCUACUCCUCUGACAAACACAUCUCGGGCCUCGCUGUGGACUGGAUUCGGAACCAUGUCUACUGGACAAGUAAAGAAAAGGGAAAAAUCAAAAGGAUUAAUACAAAUGGGAAAAAUGAAACUACUACUAUGAGACACUUGACUCAACCAAGUUCUAUAGCAGUUGACCCCACUAACAGGUUUCUCUUUUGGCUGUCUGGUGGGAUGACUCCAAGCAUCCAGCGAUCUGACAUGGCAGGACACAUGAAGACUACACUUGUAAAAGUAGCAAAGCAGCUGGAAGCCCUGUCCAUUGACCGUAGGGACAAACGACUGUUCUGGGUUCAGUUUGGGCUCCAAGCAGAAAGUUCAGUCGCCUCUUGUGAUUUCAAUGGGAACGUCCUGCACAUCAUUGAUCAGCCUUCUGAGUCUCUGUCACUGGGAAUAUCAGUAUUUCUGGAUCAUUUGUACUACACUGAGGCCACAUCUCGGGUCAUAAAGCAGGUGAACAAGUACACCGGCGGCGAGUCAGUGGAUGUUAACACAAAGCAAAUGGCAAAAAUGCCAGCUGGUAUCAAGGUUGUACACUCCAUCAACCAGCCAAUGGCAGACUCCCCAUCACCAUCUUCAGCUUGUGACGAGCAGAGUGGGAACUGUGGGAAUGUGUGCUCCACUCUAGCCGAACAAGGAAGUUGUCACUGCAGUGAAGGCUUUGCUCUUAGUAAACAAGGCACCUACUGUGAAGAUGUAAAUGAAUGUGCCCACUGGAACCACGGCUGCUCACUUGGCUGCGAAAACAUACCAGGCUCUUAUUUUUGUACGUGCCCUCAAGGUUACGCCCUCCUACCAGAUAGAAAGACUUGUCAAGAGAUAAUAACAUGUGGGGAUAAUAUGACCAAGUGUGGUCAUGGUUGCCUGGAAACAGAUGAGGGUGUUGUCUGUGUGUGUCCUGAGGGAUCUAUACUACAGGAAGAUGGACAGUCUUGUUCUGGUUGCUCGUCAGCAGACAGAGGGGGCUGCAGCCAGAUCUGUACGCCUCUCACCCCUAGUAGGUGGCAGUGUGCUUGUCUGCAUGGCUACCAGCUCCACCAAGAUGGAAAACGCUGCAUUGCUAUGGGACCCCCACCUUAUCUGCUAGUUGCUAAUCUAGUGGAUGUACGAAGAAUUAAUCCUGAUGGAACUGGGGAUAAAGCCCUUGUGGAGGAUCCCAGAGGGACAAUCAUAGCUUUAGACUAUGAUCCAGUCCAAAACAAAGUUUACUUUGCUAGUACAAGCCAGAAGACAAUUGAGCGAGUUGAUUUGAAAGGUGGGUCGAGAGACAUUAUUCUAUCUGAGCAUCUGAACUCUCCAGAAGGACUGACAGUUGACUGGAUCCACCGCAGGAUUUACUGGACUGACAAAAGGCAAUCGAGCAUUGAUUACUGUAGCUUGACUGGACAAAACAGAACAACUCUUUUCAAUAAAGGUCUGGAAAAACCAAGAGGAAUUGCAGUUCAUCCUCUAGUAAAGAAGUUGUUUUGGACAGAUAUGGGUGCCGAGCCUGUGGUGGAAAGUGCUUCUCUGGAUGGGAAGGAUCGUGCUGUCAUAGUUAGUACAAACCUCGUGUCACCCAGUGGUCUAACGAUCGAUUUCACAGAGGACCGUCUGUUCUGGUGCGAUCAGAGAAGAGGCCUGGUAGAGACUGCUGCCCUGGAUGGGUCAGACAGACAGAUCCUAUUAGAGAACCAAGUAGGUCGACCUUUUGACCUGGCAGUCUUUGAAGACAGGCUCUGGAUCUCUGAUCAGGAAAACCAACAGCUGAAGAGCGUGGACAAGCGGACGGGCAGGACACUGCAGCACAUCCAGGACAACAUCUUUCUACCAGCAUCCAUUGUGGUAGUUCAUCCUCUUGCUAAACCCGGGGCAGAUGUUUGCCUUCACCUGAAUGGAGGCUGUGACCAAAUGUGUGAAAGCAAACUGGGAUUCGCCCACUGCUCCUGUCUGUCACACUUCAUCCUAUCAGAUGAUGAGAAAAGCUGUUUGCCUGCUGAUUCUCCAAAUGGAAGAUCAGAACAUGGGCACAGUACGGCGACUGAUUUACCAUCUCUGAAAAACAAAACAUUUAACGAUGAGCGCACGCCACCAACGCCUGAGUUGUCCACGGAAGAAGGGGAGGCUGAUUUACAGUCUGAUGUAGGCAAUGAUGCAACUCUCUUCACAGACAAGAUGAUUUCAGACCAGACUGAGUGUUCCUCAGUUCACUGUGAUGUCAAUGCACAGUGCCUGUUUAAUGGUGGCCAGCCAGCCUGUUUAUGUCGAGAAGGCUUCACAGGCGACGGGCACACGUGUGUGGAGCUGGAGACAACAUCACAAUGGUCCACAACCAAGACUCCUGCUGACGUCACAACACAGCACCAUAAAAUUAACUCUGUAGAGAGUUGUCCUGCCACCCAUCAGUCCUACUGUCUGUACCAAGGCAUCUGCUUCUACUUUCCAGAAAUGGACUCAUAUGCCUGCACAUGUUUACCAGGCUACAUAGGAGAACGCUGCCAGUUCAGUGACCUGGAGUGGUGGGAGCUUCAACAGUCGGAGGAAGAGAAGAGAAGAAAUGUGGUCAUCGCCUCCUGCAUGGUGGCCAUCAUCUCCUUGCUUUCCAUCGCUGCCUGUGUCACCUACUGCUAUGGAACUAGGAGACUCUCUCGCAAACAGCCCUCUGUGGAUAACGUAAGUGAAACCAGUGUGACAGAUGAGAGUAUGGCAGAGACCACAACUACCAGUGUGCCUCGGACUGUAAAUUUGCAGUUCUACAUGCUGGUGGAGAAUGGUGUGGACAGCAAAUGCAUCCCUGCCGGUUGUCCCAGGGGAGCUGCCUGUCCAUACUGCUCCUCAGACACAGGUGACAAUUCCGUGUCUGAAGAGUUAGGAACAGUGUCCCAACUCAACACAGGGUAUGAGUGCCCCAUGGUGUCAUCAAUUGUCAUGGAAAUGUCUGAACCGACUGCCUCUCACUCAAGUCUGCCAAUGUCAAGUUCAUAUUCCUUCACAUCCUUCAAGCCCAGUCCACCGUCUCAGACUCAGAGCCUAGAGUCUACAACUUCCUAGCCCAGAGCAGAGACUGGUACAGCUGUACAGUUAAACGCACACAUACUAAAACACUGAGCUAAGAAUGAAACUGCUAAUUAAACGUUUACCCCACUGAAGCUGGUGUUUAUAUAGAAAUAAUUAUUAGCAUCUCUAUAUAAACAUAAGCACUAUUUACUGGUCUCUACUGCUAUACAUGAGGUUUAAAGCUGGCCUGGACAUGUAAGCUCUUACUAUCAGGUAUCUGUUACCAAAAUAGAAACUUUUAGUUGGCUCAGGACUCAGUGCAAGUGCUCACAGCUUUAGUGGAUUAGAUAUAAGUUUAGUAAAAAAGUCAUUAGCUGUGAAUCUUUAGCACUUUUGUGUUCAUUUCCAAAAUAUAUAACUUGAAGUUAAAUCUUUAUUAUACUAUUUUACCUAAUAUUUAGCAGGAUAUUUACUGUUGUACACUAUAUACACAAAAUAUUUUCUGCAAGUACAUUGUACAAUCAUUGAACAUGGUUUAGUUUAAAACCCACGUGUUUUUCCUGUUGGUUUCUGAAUAGUUUCCAUUGGUCUAGUAAUUCACGUUUGGGAAGUUCUGUCAGGUGUUCUACAUGAUUCAGUCUUUCAGAGGAUAAACUGAGCUGGGUUUGGUUCAGAAAGGGAACAGUAUCAUGCUCUUGACUUUUAUUUUAGUUAUUUAAUGCAGGACUUCAUCUACUAAACAAGCAGAACACCAGUGAAACGUACAUUCUGACUCUCAGUAUUCACGUUAGAUUUUGUAUUAGUUUCAACAUCAGAAACAAUAAGUGGAAUUAUCUUGGAGAUAAAAACUCGGUCUACUUCAUCAAUAAACUUAUUGUUAUAUAAAAUGUGUUGUUUUAAAAUGCAGUUGCAUAUGCAGAACUGCCAUGAGGCCCAAUACCACUGCACUUGUGGUUUCUUCUUAAAACACAUCUGUAUUUUCUUGAAGGUUGUGGCCACUGAAGGCCCAUCUGUCUUUUUACACUCCAUCAAACCUCUUCUUCAAAGCUCUUGCCUAUGCUCCGCUGAUGACGCUCUUCUAACCUCCACCAAAUCUAACGCUCUAUUAGUGUUGGCACCGAUGCUGCCACCCUCAACUACCACUAGCCCAUCAUAUCUAUUUCUGUCUCUGUCUGCAACUCUGUCCCAAGGUUGACUGGGAAUUGUUAAUAGAAGGACCACCUCUUCGUUUCGAGGCAGUGGCAGAAAACAAAGCACUUUAACUCAAAAACCAUCAGGCGCCACAUCGAUAUUGAUUUUCCUGGUGAGACACACUUAUCUAUAUAUUGGCCUCCAUUAGGGCUAACAGAUAGGUUAGGGCAACACUCUAAACAGCAGCAGAUCACCCUUCAAGUAAAGAUAAAAUUGGGCCCAGAGUCAAUUUAUCUUUUAUUACUCCUCAAUUGGGGCAACAGGGGGCAAUAGAGUCAGCAACACUGUAAGUAGCAGAGGCCUUCAGGGUCUUCAGUUUGUUUCUUAUUGCUGGCGUUGACACUACCUUGCCUUUUAUUUUAAACAUGUUCAUACUGAAGUGUUUAUUUCCAAUAUCCUAAAUGUGAACACAACUAAAUUACACAUUGAUCAUAUAAAGCUAGUUUUUUUAUAGUUCUGUUAAAGAACUUGCAAUGUCUGGUAUGCAGUGGGUAUAAAUGUGCUUCACUCAUUAUCUUCUCCGAGGCACUGGCAGCCAAAAUCAAAAACAUGAUCAUAAAAAAAUAAAGGUGUUCUUUCAUUAUUUUAAUUGUAAACAUAAUAGCAAUUUAAUUGACAUUACUAUACCUAUAAAACUACUACUAGCAACAGAAUCAUUAGCUGCUUCGGUAAAAAUUCUUAGAAAGGAAUUGGAUUAGUGAAGAGAAAAAAGUAAUUUGGAAAAAUAUUUACUCACUCACUAUUAUGUGCAUCUGUAUAAUCAAGUGAAAUCCAAUGCAGCAGCUGUAAAUUCCACUUACAGUGUGUUAUAUAAAAAAGUGGUUCUAAUGCUUUGGCCAACCAUUGCAUGAUACAAAUAACAGAAAAAUAAAACUUCCACAAGUAACUGUUUUCUAUUAGUCAGUAUUGUAUUUUUCUGCCAGAUGGGUCUAGCUUUGCUUUAUCGCUCAUGUCUCUAUUCCAGCCCAGAGGACAGCUGAUGAGGGCUAAAGAGGGAAUUAGCUACCCACUCAAAGGCUUUGCUCUGAUCCUUUGGGUCAGUAUUUGGUCCCCACAGCUCUUGAGCAGGACAGAGUAACACUAGUUUGUGAGGAUUUGAAAAGAUUUAAAAUCUGAAGGGGAGGGGGUCUAAUGCAUGUGCUGGACGUAGACAUGAGCCUGAAUGUAUGGGCGCGCCACAGAGGACAGAAAAUCUCAUGGUAGUCUUUUUGGAGAAAACAUUCUGAGUACAUUGACUUUAAUCUGUGAACUAUGCCUUUUAAUUCUACCACUCCUGCAAAAAAGUUGAAUCCAUAAAGCUCAUAUAAAACCCAAAAUGUAUGUUGCCAUAUUACAUAAAAGAUUUACAAAUU